AUGUCGUACAGAGGCCCCAAUCAAUUCAACAACCAGUUCGGUGGUGGCCAAUUCCAGCCUAACCAAUUCAGUCAGGGUCAGUUCCAGCCUAAUCAAUUUCAGCACAACCAGUUUCAGGCCCCCCUUGGAAGACCGCCUGCCAAUAUUGGUCCGGUGCCUUCCCAGCUGUCUGGGUUGGAAAAACUCGAGAGUAUCUCGAAGCAGAUCGAGUCCGUGUUCGAUACAUACGGUGCUCCUUUGAAGCCCUACGUUCCUGCCAUUGGCCGCCUUUUCAUCGUUGCUACUUUUUACGAGGAUGCCAUCAGAAUCUUCUGCCAGUGGUCUGAGCAGGUGUACUACUUGCAUGUUUACAGAAAAAUUUGGAAGUGGCUCACUGUGCUCUUCCUUUUUCUGAACAUCAUUUUGAUGUUGGGUGCUUCAACCCUAUUGGUGUUCAGAAAACAUUCAAUGUACGCCACCUCUGUACUCUGCGGCAUUGUCAUUUUGCAAGGCAUGUUUUACGGCUUGAUAUUUGAUAGUCAGUUUUUGUUGAGAAAUUUGUCGGUCGUUGGAGGUUUGAUUUUGGCAUUUUCCGACUCUCUCGUCAGAGACAAGAGAUCUUUAUCAAUGCCUGGAUUACCGAUGCUCAACAAUAAGGAUGACAAAAAGUAUUUCUUGUUGGCUGGCAGAUUGUUGUUGAUCUUCUUAUUCUUGGGAUUUGUCUUUUCAGCGAACUGGUCCUUCAUGAGAGUGCUUAUCAUUCUUGUUGGUCUUGCCGCGUGUACGUCGAUUGUUGUUGGUUUCAAGACCAAGAUUGCUGCUGGUGUAUUGACCGUUCUUCUAUUCACUUACAAUGUAUUUGUCAACCAGUUCUGGAGAUACUCAUCCUUCAAUGCCAACCGUGACUUCUUGAAGUAUGAGUUCUUCCAGACUUUGUCUAUUGUUGGUGGCCUUUUAAUUAUUGUCAAUGCUGGAGCUGGUGAGUUGUCUAUUGAUGAGAAAAAGAAGAUCUACUAA